UCUCGCGUGGCACAUGGAAGCGAAUUUUUGUGUAUUGUGGAGGGAGUCACGCAAUACAAGGCCCAUGUGGUGAAACUGGUUCUGCAGCGUUGGAGGUCGGCAGUUGCGCUGAACCAUUCCAACCGGCAGCAUGGCGGAUAGCUUCGAGGAAGCCGAUCAGCUGUUCGCGGACUGCAAGUUUCGCGAGUCGUACGAUCUGCUGAGCAGGAAGCACAGUAAGGAUGCGGGAUACGCCACCCUGUGGCGACUGUGCCGCGUGAUCUACUCGAUAACGCGUGAGCUUGCCGUGGAUGAGAAGAAAUCCAAAGAGCUGGAAGCGUUCAUAUACGAAGGGUUUGGCUAUGCUAAGCAAGCACUUGCCCUGCAACCAGACACGGCUGCCGCCCACAAGUACUACGCAAUCUUUCUCGCGGAAAAGUCCGGCAUCGAGGGGCUGAAGGAGCGGGUCCUGCAGCUGAGCACGAUAUUGCGCCAUCUGCGGCAGGCAACCGAGCUGGACGAAGGUGAUCCGUUUGCGUGGUUUGUGCUGGGUCGGUUCUAUCACAAGCUGGCCGGAUUGGCCUGGUUUCAGAAGAAGAUGAUCCACACUUUUACAAACGACAUACCGGAUGCGACGUACGCGGAUGCGCUAGAGUAUUUUGUGCGUGCUGAAAACACGCAGCCGAACUUUUUCCCCUUAAACCAUCUGAUGAUAGGCGAGACGUACAUCGAGCUGAAGGAACCGGAAAAGGCGCGCCCUUGUUUAGAACUAGCUGCAAAUCAAUCUGAACCACGUACGGCCGACGAUCGGGAAGCCCAAAGAGAAGCGAAAGCACUGCUUAGGAAGCUCUAGCUGACAUCGGAAACAAAUCUCAACAAUGUAAUUUCUCUCUUUACUCGCAAUACACAUAAUACCAACCGAACCCACAGCCCAAUCUAUUCGCAUUCGUUGUCUGGCGUCUUAUCGCUUCGGUACGCAAUGCAAAGCAGCUGAAACCAGAUGUAUUGGACAGUGGUGUGUACGUGAAAACAUAUUCUGUCUUGUGGUUAGUCGAUGGAAGAUAAGAAAUAAAACACAAAAGGUGACCAUCGUGCGAUAGUGUAAUCGUUAACAAAACACACGGAACGGCACCUUUCUGCAAUACACUGCGAUCAAUUCCGGUAGAAGUUCGCCACACAGAUCGUUAAAAUAUGUUUCCUUUUGGUGCACGGUUCGGCAAUGCGGGUUUAGUGAUUAGUUCUCAAUUAAAUUGGCAUGGUGCUGAUAACUGAUGGGAUGUUCGCACAAUCUAAGUAUAAGCUUACUUGGAUUUUUGUAUAGCACAUCACCCAUUGUUGGGUGAUACGGCCAGGCGGUAUCAAAUUUGGAUGACGCUGCGCUGAAAGUGUUAAGUUCGAUCCUAUUUUUAUUGGCCCUUCCUGGUUGCUGGGUACAAUAUUUUUCAACGGUCGAUUUGAAUGCGACAACUGGUUUCAACGGUUUGGCUGUAGAGGGCGCCACAUUCGAGCGGAAAAAACCGAUCGAGCCGAGCACGCCCGAACU